AUGUCUACCCCUGUAUCCUUUUUUGGUCAGCAGGUCUUAAACCGAGUUUCCUUCUUAAGAUGCUCAAAGGAAUUCGUUAAGAAAUCGUUAAACCACGACUCCACCAUUUUCAUCCCAUUUAUUGAGGGGGAAGCGCUCAUAUCACCUGAAAAUGGUAAUUUGGUACAGUUAUCUUACUCUACGAAGUCUUACCAGAAUAUUCUGUCUACUGUAAUUCCUGCAUAUACCACUCUUUUGAACUCAACUCGGUCAAGAAGUGAUGAGUCAGGUAUCAAUUUGACAUUUUUAGGUCUGCUAGAAGAGACAGAUUCUACUUUUAAUUUUGAAUGGUCCAAUAUCGCCUACAAAGGAACACCUUACUUUGGAUUAGAUAUCCGUGUUACAGACAACACCUUAUUUAAGAAGGCAGAUUUCGAGUCAAUCUUUUCCUUCCCGCAGAUGACCAGAGACCACAUCUUUGAGCAAACAAAUGCUGAUGCCUCACUAUAUUCACAAGGAAGAAUGUACCUAGAUUGGCUAGCCAAGUACAAGUUUUGCCCCGGUUGUGGAUCUAAACUGUUUCCAGUGGACGCAGGCACCAAGCUUCAAUGUUCCAACGAAAACAAAAGCCUACACUGCAAUGUGAGAGAUGCGCGUGUCAAUAACGUGUGUUUCCCAAGAACAGAUCCAACAGUUAUUAUAGCCAUGACCAACUCGGACUACUCUAAAUGUUGUCUCGCAAGAUCUAAGAAAAGAUAUGGAGAUUUUGUGUUGUAUUCCACAAUUGCAGGAUUUAUGGAGCCUUCUGAGACCAUUGAGGAAGCCUGUGUCAGAGAAAUAUGGGAAGAAACAGGCAUAUCAUGCAAAAAUGUGGACAUAGUCCGCUCACAGCCUUGGCCCUACCCUUGUAGCUUGAUGAUCGGCUGUCUGGGUAUUGUCGAAUUCAACUUCCACAAUGAGGUCAUCAAUCUAAAUCAUGACGAUGAAUUGUUGGAUGCCCAGUGGUUUGAGACAACAGAAAUCAUUCAAGCUCUGGAUGAUUAUACUGGUGGGAUCCGUGUUCCAUUCAAAAAUGGCACCAAUUUGCCCGGAAGCACCACUAUUGCCCACCAAUUGAUCAAGCAAGUCUGCGAGAACUAUAAAAGACUCCGCACGGCCGCAGCAAGCCAUUUGUAG